UCCAACAUGCCCGUGCGCCGAGGUCAUGUGGCACCGCAGAACACCUUCUUGGGGACCAUCAUCCGGAAAUUCGAAGGGCAAAAUAAAAAAUUCAUCAUUGCUAAUGCUAGAGUGCAGAACUGUGCUAUCAUCUACUGCAAUGAUGGGUUCUGUGAGAUGACUGGAUUCUCCAGGCCAGAUGUCAUGCAAAAACCAUGCACCUGUGACUUUCUUCAUGGACCAGAGACCAAAAGGCAUCACAUUGCCCAAAUUGCUCAGGCAUUGCUUGGGUCAGAGGAGAGGAAAGUGGAAGUCACCUAUUAUCAUAAAGAUGGGUCCACCUUCAUUUGCAGCACCCACAUCAUCCCGGUGAAAAAUCAAGAGGGAGUGGCCAUGAUGUUUAUUAUUAGCUUUGAAUAUGUCACAGAUGAGGAGAAUGUAGAGCCUCCAGAGAAAUUCAACCAGAUGCUGUCAGCCAAAGUCACAAACCAUGGUAACAACCUUUCAAGAGGCUCUUCUUCAGGCAAACUUUUUGGGUUCAAGAUACCUGGGCUAAGUCUUUUAACAUACCGAAAGCAGUCCUUGCCACAGGAAGAUCCCGAUGCAGUGAUAGUUGAUUCAUCAAAACGCAGCAAUGACUCGAUGGCAAUGAAGCACUUCAAGUCCCCGACGAAAGAAAGCUGCAGCCCUUCUGAAGCAGAUGACACCAAGGCACUUAUUCAGCCAAGCACAUGUUCGCCUCCAGUGAAUAUAUCAGGACCCCUUGAUCAUUCAUCUCCAAAACGGCAGUGGGAUCGCCUGUACCCAGAAAUGCUACAUUCAAGUACAGCACUAACACACGCUCAGUCGAAGGAAAGUAUUUGCAGUAUACGGAGAGCAUCCUCAGUACACAACAUAGAAGGGUUUAACAUCCAUCCCAAGAAUGUGUUUCGGGACCGGCAUGCGAGUGAAGGUCCUUUUAACCAUAUCAAGUCAAGCCUGUUAGGAUCUACAUCAGAUUCAAACCUCAACAAAUACAGCACCAUCAACAAGAUUCCUCAGCUCACUCUGAACUUUUCUGAUAUCAAAAAUGAAAAAAAAAGUUCAUCACCUCCAUCUUCAGAGAAAACAAUUAUUGCACCCAAAGUGAAAGACAGAACACACAAUGUAACGGAGAAGGUUACACAGGUCCUAUCCUUGGGAGCAGAUGUUCUGCCCGAAUAUAAACUCCAAACGCCUCGCAUCAACAAGUUUACUAUAUUGCACUACAGUCCUUUCAAAGCAGUCUGGGACUGGCUCAUUUUACUGCUCGUGAUCUAUACUGCCAUAUUCACCCCUUACUCUGCAGCCUUCCUCCUCAAUGACAGUGAAGAACAGAAGACGCGGGCAUGUGGCUAUUCGUGCAACCCACUAAACAUGGUAGACUUAAUUGUGGAUAUUAUGUUUAUCAUUGACAUUCUCAUAAACUUUCGAACGACAUAUGUAAACCAGAAUGAAGAAGUGGUAAGUGACCCAGCAAAAAUAGCAAUUCACUACUUCAAAGGCUGGUUCCUAAUUGACAUGGUUGCUGCAAUACCUUUUGACCUGCUGAUUUUUGGAUCUGGCUCUGAUGAGACAACAACCCUAAUUGGCCUUCUGAAGACUGCUCGACUGCUGCGUUUGGUGAGGGUUGCCCGGAAACUGGACAGAUAUUCUGAAUAUGGUGCUGCUGUUUUGAUGUUACUUAUGUGCAUAUUUGCACUUAUUGCCCACUGGCUGGCUUGCAUUUGGUAUGCUAUUGGGAAUGUCGAAAGGCAUUACCUAGCUCGCAAAAUCGGCUGGUUGGAUUCCCUUGGACAACAAUUGGGAAAACAUUAUAAUCGGAGCGAUGGCAGCUCCGGACCAUCCAUCAAGGACAAAUAUGUCACAGCACUUUAUUUCACCUUCAGCAGCCUGACCAGCGUAGGAUUUGGAAAUGUGUCUCCAAAUACCAACUCAGAGAAAAUCUUUUCCAUUUGUGUCAUGCUGAUUGGCUCAUUAAUGUAUGCAAGCAUUUUUGGAAAUGUAUCCGCAAUAAUCCAAAGACUGUAUUCAGGGACUGCACGGUAUCACAUGCAGAUGCUGCGUGUAAAAGAGUUUAUACGCUUUCAUCAAAUUCCCAACCCUUUGAGGCAGCGGCUUGAAGAAUAUUUUCAGCAUGCAUGGACAUACACCAAUGGCAUUGACAUGAACAUGGUCCUAAAGGGAUUUCCAGAAUGUUUACAAGCUGAUAUCUGUCUCCACCUCAAUCAAAGUUUACUUCAAAACUGCAAAGCUUUCCAGGGAGCCAGUAAAGGUUGUCUCCGGGCAUUGGCUAUGAAGUUCAAGACAACGCAUGCGCCUCCUGGGGACACACUUGUCCAUUGUGGGGAUGUUCUGACCGCUCUUUACUUCCUCUCGCGAGGCUCCAUUGAAAUCCUCAAGAAUGACAUGGUGGUAGCGAUCCUCGGCAAAAAUGAUAUUUUUGGAGAGAUGGUACAUCUUUAUGCAAAACCAGGGAAGUCCAAUGCAGAUGUGAGAGCUUUAACUUACUGUGAUCUGCACAAAAUCCAACGAGAAGACCUGUUAGAAGUUUUGGAUAUGUACCCUGAAUUCUCCGAUCUUUUUCUCACCAAUCUAGAGCUCACUUUCAAUUUGAGGCAUGAAAACCUCAAAGCUGAACACACAAUAAGGCCGCAAACCACUAACGAUUCAGAUGGUGACAAUGGCAAACUCCGAAGAAGGAAAUUCUCUUUUGAAAGUGAAAUUGAUAAAGCAGACUAUGACAAAGACAAUGAAGAUUCAGUGGAUAACAUCAGACAUUAUCAGGACACCAAGAAACAUUUUGAGGAGAAAAGAAGCAGGUCAUCGUCUUUUGUGUCAUCCAUUGAUGAUGAGCAGAAACCUUUGUUCUCUGGGAUCAUAGGCUACCCAUCUGUCCUGGGAAAGGCUGCAGUGCUGGAGUUUGAGGAGAUGAUGCAUACAACAGGAAGAAUCCAAACUAACAAAAGAAGUCAUUCUUGUAAAGAUAUCACGGACAGAAGAAUCUGGGAGGAGGAUUGCAGCAGGGGGGCCCAGGAGUCAUCCAGCCAGUCAGCAUUACCCCAUGUCACAUGGGGCAUCUCCGAAACAGAAAGUGAGAUCAACUAUGGGGAAGUGGAACAGAGGCUAGAUUUACUUCAAGACCAACUCAGCAGGCUCGAAUCUCAAAUGACUGCUGACAUUCAAACCAUCCUACAGCUGCUGCAAAGACAAUCAACACUUAUCCCACCUGCUUAUAGCAUGGUGACCGCGAGUACAGAUUAUCAGAGGCCAGCUGUCCAGAUAGUGCAAAGUCUUCAUCCUGUAGCAUCUAUUAAAACAGACAGAAGCUUCAGUCCUUCACAGUGUCCUGACUUUCUUGACCUUGAAAAAGCAAAACUGAAAUCCAAAGAAUCCCUCUCGAGUGGAGUGCAUCUUAACACAGCCUCAGAAGAAAACCUGGCAUCAUUUUUGGAACAAGAGCAUGGCCAGUCUUUAGAGCUACCCCAACGACAUUGUAAGGCUUACCUCCACCCAGUUAGACACCCAUCUUUAACGGAUUCUUCCCUAAGCACUAUAGGAAUCUUGGGUCUCCAUAGGCAUGUUUCUGAUCCUGGUCUUCCUGGGAAAUAACCCUUUUGUACUCUUGCAUCACCUAAAUGGCUGGGUUUCCCCCCUUUUUUAUUUUGUAUUUAAAUCCUCUAUACUUGACUCAGGGGCUACAAGGAUAUACCAUUAUAUGCAAAAGUACUGUAUAUUUUCCUAACUUUGUAGCUUGUAAGGUAAGGUUAACCAGUAACAAUGUAAAUAUAUAAAUAUAUACAUAUAUAUAUAUAUAUAUAUAGAUAUAUAUAAACAAAUGGUAUGUUCCAAAUAUAAAACUGCCAGCAUUCUCAAGGCACCUUAUAUUUUUUAAUUUUUUUAAAAUCACCUGCAUGUUUGGAAAUGAUUAUAGUUCUGUUGCAUGGAGAUUACUAUUUACUGUUUUCAAUGAAAUCCUAUUUUACUGCUGAUAUGCCUCCAAAAAAUUAUGAUGAUGAUGAUCCACACAGAAAUUACUCGUUUUCCUUGAGCUGUUUCGCGUUCAAGAAAAAAAAAUCCUCCAGUUUACCUUUUGAAAAUGAUACACUUACCCUUCUAGUACUGAGCUUUUUUAACAAUCUGAACAGCCAUUCCAUGGCUUUGAUAAAGACUACAGUAGCUAAGGCUUAUGGGUUUGGAAGUCAUUCAUGUAACGUACCAUUAACAAAAUAAAUGACCUUUAAAAGGAAAACUGCUAGAGCAACUGCGCUGCACAAUGGAAAGCAUCAUCAAUGACUUGCAUCUACAUUGGCUGAAUCAUUUCAUUUUUUAAAAGUUCUUUAUUAAAACCUCAUCAUACCUAUAAGCUGCCACCCUACAAAGGCAGUUAACUGUCAAGACCCUUAAACAUAAUCAAAUGCAAUAAAUAUAAUUUCUACAUAAUACAAAA